UUUCGCUAGUUAAGUGGAGGCCUUCCGUUUCUGACGGAGUGUACGUUAACGAAUUACAACGUUUAUGUAUAUCUAUAUUUUUCAUACAUCUUAAAAAACAACUAAAUUUUUUCUCAUCUGCGAUGAAUGUUUUAAACACGGGAUAAUCAGUGAUCUCGCGUAUUCUAUUUCGACUCAAUUUUUUUUUUUUUUUUUACUCGAACGCCCCAAGGCGUGUAUUCGUUAUUAACAUGUAAUUGCUGUGAUAUUUGCGGUAUAGUUCGGUCAUUUAUGCGACUAUUCAUCCGUCUUUCAAUAUGGUAAAAAUCGGAGUCAAAAAUGAAAAAUCACCACCACAAAUGUAGAAGAACUCGGCGUAUUCACGAGGAGAAUUCAUUAAAAUGAAGUAUAAAUGAAGUCUAUGGGACGUUUCCAUAGAAAAUGUCCACAGUUGUGUCGUCGUCCAGUGACUGUGUUGAUAAUACUGGUUGUCGACUGAGAAAAAUUGGUAGCGGUACUUCACUGCAUACGACACGGACUGUCGCCACUCCACCAACAAAUAUAAACAACAACGCCAUCGGUUCAACGCCUUCUGGACCAAAUACAAUCAAUAACUCAUCUUCUACCAAUAAACAGUGCUGUUUUCAUUGGUGUUGUUGUUGUCGUCCCUGUUCUUGUUUAGCUGUGAAAGCUGUACACGAAGAACCGAAGCAGCCAAAGGAGGAACAUAAAAGUUCAGAAAAUUUACUAAUCACUGCCGACGAACCUCCACCAUCUAUAGAAGAAAUACGAUUGUGGGGUGAUUCAUUCGAUAAACUAAUGAAAAGUCCAGCUGGACGCCGGAUAUUCAGAGAAUUUUUACGUUGUGAAUAUAGCGAAGAAAAUAUAUUAUUUUGGGAAGCUUGCGAAGAAUUAAAGAAAGAAACGAAUCCGAACGUUGUGGAAGAAAGAGCUAGGUUUAUUUACGAAGACUUUAUCUCAAUAUUAUCUCCAAAAGAGGUUAGUUUAGAUUCGAAAGUACGUGAUUUAAUCAACAAAAAUAUGAAUUCGCCUACAAUACACACGUUCGACGAAGCGCAAACGCAAAUUUACACGUUGAUGCAUCGAGAUUCGUAUCCGCGGUUUUUGAAUUCAGAUAAAUAUAAAAAAUUACUCAACCCUCCGAAUUCUUCAGAGGUCGAUAGCGAAUCGACAAAAGGUUCGGUCAAAGGUUCAACGAAAGAUAGUUCAUCGCGAGCAUCGUCGAUCUAAUUGAAAAGCCAGCGUACAUAGUUGUUGCGUUUAUAUGUACUUACCUAUCAUUCUGCGACGAAGUCCUAUUAAAAGACAAUUAAUCUCGGUCAAAUAAAGUUGAACAGAAAAAAAAGAAUCAGACGUAAAAACUACUCAUGUUCCUAUCGCUUUUUGCUUGAAAUUCCUACUGCAGUAUUGUUGAAAAUUAAGUUAUGUAGGUAAGUGUUAAUUGUAUCAAAAAAUUGCACGAUUUCAUAUAAUAUGAGAUGCUACACGUUUGCAUUAAAAUACCAAAUGUAUAUUUAAUUUGUAAUGUUGAUUUUUGAAAAAUUUUGUGAUUAUUUUAAACCUAUACCUAUGUAACAAAAUCCACGAUGCUAAAUUAAUUAUGCAGAAUUAAUAUACCUAAUUGAUUGAAAAUUCGCACAAUUAUCAGCGGACAAUAUAUCGACUAUUGUGUUUAUUCAUCGCAUAAUUACGAUACCUAAAUAAUUUUAUUACCUCAUCGAUACGUUAAUAAAAAACUUGAAUGAGUAUCUUUACCUUCCUAAAUCUAUGUUACACCGAGUUGGAAUGAAUUAUUUCAACUAUACUUAUCUGAGAAAUAUUAAGAUAUGCUUUUUGUUUGAAAAAAAAGAGUAUCGUUGCGACUAAAUCAAAAAAUAUCUGAAAUCAUGUGUUCAUGUAUUUUCCUUGUUUUAAAGUAUAUCUUAAUUAUAUUAAUUCAUUAUAUGGAGUUGACAGCGAAGAGUAUCUCGUACAACCCAUUCGUGUAAUAUAUUAUAAUUCUUAAAUGAAAUUCAAUCAUAUAAUUUUGUAAAUAUAUAAUUCUUAAUAUAUACUAUUUUAGCAAUA